AUGCCCGCCUACCAUUCGACUUAUAACGAUGCAAGGGAUUAUCGACCAGUCGCCAACAUGGUCAUCCUACCUGUUCGUUCCAAGAUUCGUGGACCAGCACCACCUCUAGCCAACCCGAGCGACAUGGAUAUCGUGGACGAAGCCCUAGACCUAUUCAAAUCGAACUGUUUAUUCAGGAACUUCGAGAUCAAGGGAUUCGCAGACCGAGUGUUGAUCUACUUGAUCCUCUUCAUCUCAGACUGUCUCAAUCGGAUCAGCCAACUCAAACCUCACCAGAAUAAUAAGAACGAGGCUAGCAAACAACUCUUGACCUACAGCUUGGAUAACUUUUACUUACCCGGCGAACCAGGCUUCCCUAUGAACGGUAUCUAUGCCCCUCCUAAGGAUAAAUUCGAGGCUGAUCUUCUGAAACAAUAUCUCACUCAGAUCAGGCAAGAAUGUUCGAUCCGAUUGAUCGAAAAAGUUUACAAUACGCCCGAUGGAAAACCUAGUAAAUGGUGGAUGUGUUUCCAGAAGAGGAAAUUCAUGGGGAAAAGCUUGUCUUAA